GUGCUAUGUGGGGGCGGAGUCUACCAAUGCUGAAGACUAGGAGGCGGGAUAAAAAAGAGGCCGAAGGUAGGCUGGCAGAUACGUUCGUUAGCUUACUCCUUUCUGCCUGUGGACGCUGCCGAGGAAGCAUCGUUAAAGUCUCUCUUCCCACUGCCGUCAUGUCUAAGUCAGAGUCUCCUAAAGAGCCUGAACAGCUGCGGAAGCUAUUCAUUGGAGGGUUGAGCUUUGAAACGACUGAUGAGAGUCUGAGGAGCCAUUUUGAGCAAUGGGGAACGCUCACAGACUGCGUGGUAAUGAGAGAUCCGAACACCAAGCGCUCCAGGGGCUUUGGGUUUGUCACAUACGCCACCGUGGAGGAGGUGGAUGCAGCAAUGAACGCAAGGCCACACAAAGUGGAUGGAAGAGUUGUGGAACCAAAGAGAGCUGUUUCCAGAGAGGAUUCUCAAAGACCUGGUGCCCACUUAACUGUGAAAAAGAUCUUUGUUGGUGGCAUUAAAGAAGAUACUGAAGAACAUCACUUAAGAGACUAUUUUGAACAGUAUGGGAAAAUUGAAGUGAUUGAAAUCAUGACUGACCGAGGCAGUGGCAAGAAGAGGGGCUUUGCUUUUGUUACGUUUGAUGACCAUGAUUCUGUGGAUAAGAUUGUCAUUCAGAAAUACCAUACUGUGAAUGGCCACAACUGUGAAGUAAGGAAAGCCCUGUCAAAGCAAGAGAUGGCUAGUGCUUCCUCCAGCCAAAGAGGUCGAAGUGGUUCCGGAAACUUUGGUGGGGGUCGUGGAGGUGGUUUUGGUGGAAACGACAACUUUGGCCGUGGAGGAAACUUCAGUGGUCGUGGUGGCUUUGGUGGCAGCCGUGGUGGUGGUGGAUAUGGUGGCAGUGGGGAUGGCUACAAUGGAUUUGGUAAUGAUGGAAGCAAUUUUGGAGGUGGUGGAAGUUACAAUGAUUUUGGCAAUUACAACAAUCAGUCAUCAAAUUUUGGACCUAUGAAGGGAGGAAAUUUUGGAGGCAGAAGCUCUGGCCCUUAUGGUGGUGGCGGCCAAUACUUUGCCAAACCACGAAACCAAGGUGGCUAUGGUGGUUCCAGUAGCAGCAGUAGCUAUGGCAGUGGCAGAAGGUUUUAAUUAUUCCCAGGUAAGUAAACACCUUUGUGUGUGGCUUAAUUUUUUUAAUUGCUGAUGAACCCAGUAACCCUAAUGUAGCUGAGCAGUGCAACAUAGUUAACAUUGUAAUUGCAGUAAAAUUGUGGAUGUUAAUAUUCAGAUCAGCAAAAUUUGUGGGAAACAAAACUUGCUGUUGGAUUGUAGCCAUGAGUCUUAAUAUGUUUAGAUUAACAACUUUAUUCCAUAUUGUUCAACAGGAAACAAAGCUUAGCAGGAGAGGAGAGCCAGAGAAGUGACAGGGAAGCUACAGGUUACAACAGAUUUGUGAACUCAGCCAAGCACAGUGGUGGCAGGGCCUAGCUGCUACAAAGAAGACAUGUUUUAGACAAUACUCAUGUGUAUGGGCAAAAAACUCGAGGACUGUGUUUGUGACUAAUUGUAUAACAGGUUAUUUUAGUUUCUGUUCUGUGGAAAGUGUAAAGCAUUCCAACAAAGGGUUUUAAUGUAGAUUUUUUUUUUUUUGCACCCAUGCUGUUGAUUGCUAAAUGUAAUAGUCUGAUCAUGACGCUGAAUAAAUGUGUCUUUUUUUUUUUUUUUAAAUGUGCUGUGUAAAGUUAGUCUACUCUGAAGCCAUUUUGGUAAACUUUCCAAAAGUGUGAAGCUAGAAUUCCUUCAGGGUGAUGCCAGGUUCUAUUUGAAAUUCAUUUACAACCUGCUUGGGUGAAGAAGCCAUUGUCUUCAGAAACCUUGGUAUAGUUGAACUGAGGGUUACUGUUGUGACCUGAAGCUCACCAUUUAAAGGGGUCAUCCAAGGAAAAUCAUGGAAUUAUUGGUUAUAAAGGUGAUUGUUGGCAUAUCCUAUGCAAUAUAUCUAAAUUGAAUAAUGGUACCAGAUAAAAUUACAGAUGAGAAUGAAGCUUGUGUAUCUACCAUUAUCAUGUGUAAUCAAUAAACGAUUUAAUUCUCUUGAAUGAAAUGACAACUGUAUGGAUUUGGGACUGGCAGAGAUUUGGACUUUCCCUACCCACUACCCCUGAUAAUGUUGAAUGCUUCUACCACAAUUCAAGUUCAAAGCUCUGCCAGAUAAUAGAAACCAGCUGCUGGCUAAUGCCACACCAUAAAUCCACAGAUUAGAUGUGUUUCAGAGACAUUUUUAAAAUGACCAGUACCAAUAAGAAUUUUAAUGAAGAUAAAAAUAGGCUUACAUAAAAGGAAAACUGCAGUUUUUUAACUGGGUUCUUAAUGGGUGGGUCUUUAGAAGUUCAUAGGUUAACUAUAGCAGUUAAAUUAGAAACUAAAACUAUAAAAGUAGAAAUUGUGUUUUUUCUAUACAAUUUUAUAUUAACUGCAGUUUUCCUUUAUGGCACAAGUUUACACAAACAUCCUAUAGUGUUAAUUGUAUAGAGAUAAUGAUUUCUAAGCCAUAAACGCUUAAUAAUCCAAUAAUUUGUUAUUUGUACAUAGGUUCCUUUGAGCCUUGCCUUUGGUACCCUCAUAAUUUCAGUGCCAUUGUACCUAGUAGUGUAUAGAGAUUUGUUGAUCAAUAGGAUUGUAUGUUCCAUCUCAUGGGUGUGUUACUUGGAAGUUUGGGGAGGAGGGUGGUUGGAAGAGGGUGGGGAGGUGGUGGUGGGUGGGAAAGCAUGGGUGAUAGUUCCAUGAUAUUGGCUGAGUUUGCAAUAGCAGGUGGAACCUUAACUAUUAAGGGAGUUUGCAGAUACCUCAGGAUUCGUGACAAUGCCUUUAAAGAUCCAGGAGAGAUGUUCAGCUACUAGGAACUGCUAGCAAGUAUAGCGCGAAUGGCUCCGAGCUCAGACACUCUACAGCUGAGAGUAGACACUUGUGGUAUGUGGAGUACAGAUAAGCCAGGGACAGGCCACGACACGCUCCAUGAAAGCUAGGAGGGAGUGAAGUUUGAGUGAUCAUCGCAAGGAAGGAGGCAGACAAGAGUAAGGCACACCUGACUCUUAGGACUAGCAGUCAGAACCAGGAGGAAAGGUUUUAUUGGCUAUGCUUGUAGGUAAGAACAGAUUUUACUUACAUCCAUAUAGUUACCUAAAGUCCAGUUUUGUUACAUUUUUCUUAAUGUAUUGAGCCAAAACUAGUCCAGUUAAGCUGAACUUUGGUUUUUCUGGAGAUGAAUUCUUUUAAAUUGACACCCUAUUAUGGGGGCUCCCAAUUGAAGGAAGUGAGCACAUUAAUUUUCUAAUAUAUUUUUGCCCUUUAAUUUUAUUUCUUACCUUCCAUUGACCCAUUUUCUUAAAACAGUGGCUCAAAGUAAUGCAUUAGAAUCUUUUCCCCAAAUGGUGGGAGGAUGGGUGGGCCAUUAAAGGGAGGUGGGAGGUUUAGCUUGAGAUGGGAUUUGAUCUCAGAAAAGAGCUAGUUCUAAAAGUUGUUUACUUUUCUAGGGAGGAGUCUACUACAGUCUUGUCAACUUUUAAAAAAAAAAAAAAACCAGAAACUCAUGUUCAAGUUCAAGGCUAAAAGGAACAUUCUCGUGAGGACAACCUUUGUCUGAGCCACUGGUACUUCAUUCUCACUGCCAUGCAGUGGACUUUAGCUGCUUGCAGCUCUGGUGAUUAAUCAUUCUAUUUUGUGAAUGGGUUUUUAAAAUAAAUAUGUUGCAUUUGA